GUUGUGUUGUAAAAUGUACCUACCUACACGCGCACACUCGCCUAUCGUAAGAAACGUGCGGCAGCGCCGAGAAGUCAGAAUCAGUCGCAAACGGACCACUGUCGGCGUAGCUACCGAAUGACCGCGGGCGAAUAAAUUAUAAUAUUUUAUAAUAAUAAUAUAAUAUUGGUAUCCCGGUAUACCUAGGUAUAUUGCGUGGUAUAGCUCAGACGCGUGUGGCGCGUGUGUAUCGCUGUUGGUUAUCAAUAAUUAUUAAACGUAUAGUUUUCCGUUUUACACUCAUCGCGCGUUCUAUGCGAUUCAACGUCAUAAAUUCCAAUUACAGUGUUGUGUGUUGUUGUUAUUAUUAUUAUAGUAUGUCGACUUAAAUAUUGUUAUUAAAUUAUAGCAGUAUCGCCGCCGUCGCCGAUAACCCAAGUGCUAGCGAAUCGUCUCCGUAACGAUAUAGAUCAACCGAAAACGGUGAUCGUUUUUAAAUCUGAACUGGGACCGAAAUUCGAGUGAGAUGUUUUUGCGUAAAAAUUUGAGCUACAAAGUUGACGACAAAUACUCUGGCAGUUCAGAAACGUAGUUUGGUGUCGAUUUGACAACAGCAAUAUUAUCAUAAUAGUAUUAUAAGAACACAUCAGUCCAGGAGGAGGAGGGACCGAGAGAAUACUGUACAAAUUAAAAAUUGGAAAAAAUAACACACCUAGCCUAAAAAAAAAUGCAGCCAUUAGCGAUCUGUGGAUUGUUGUCGUUUGCAUGGAUGCUGUUGGUUCGCUCGUCUUCCGCCGCCUCCCAUCCCCCGUCGCCUUGCCCGGACAUAUUCACUUAUGAAGGCUCGGAACCGGAGAACAACAGGUGGUAUGGUGAGAUAUCACUGCGGACUGACGAAAGCCUGGUGGGCAUCCGACUGGACAUCGAACUGGACCGACCUUCAGAUUUGAUGGUAUCUUGGAUGGGAGAGAUAACGACAAGUGACAAUGUGAAAUUUACAGUAUUGAACUUAAACCAAAAACUGAAGCCCGGGCCCCCAGUACUGUCUAGGAUCAUGGCCAAGUUCAACCGGUCAACGGGCAGUCCUAAAUUGCGGUUCAUCCGACUCAAUGGCCGUAAGAUCUGCCCCGAAGAUUCUAGUUAUAGUUCUGGGUACGAAGAGGAAUCCCGGCCAUCGCAAAGGCCUCAGAGCACCAAGAGACCGGAUCCCGAGUUCGGCGGUGACGUGGACGAAUAUCCGGAAAGUGGUGGCAAUAACAACCACCGAGACAAGGACAACCCGACCAGACCUUCAGGAUCGGAUUAUUCGCCGCAGGAUGAUCGUCCGACGACCACCGCGAUGGAAGGACAGUAUACGACCCGGAAGACCAACAGGGGGCCAAUAACGACAACGACGACGACGUCGGCGCCUCGAAAUCCCUAUGAACAGGGCAACGGAAACAGACCAAACACGGUAACGUUGCAGGCCAGCAGCACCGACCCGAACGGCGACAUAAACGGGGUCAUUAACGGGCUGUUACAGAACCAGAACAGCAACAACAAGACUGUCAUUAUAACCGUCAUCGACAACCAAAAUAACCGGCCGAACGGCGGUACCGGUAGUGGCGGGCGACCGGCGACCACAGACGGCAGUGCGACCAGGCCGAAUGUCAACAACAGACCAUCUGGCCAGCAAACCGGCCAAAAGCCCAGCAGUAACAACAACAACAAUCAACAGAUCAGCGGUGGCGGGAGCAGUGGAUCUUAUACCGGAUCAUCCGUUAACUCGCUCUCGUCCAGUGGCAUGUCGUGCGGUGAAGUCAAGAUGGUCGUGCCGCUGGUGACUUCUGGACAGUCUACGAAAAGGGGACAAUGGCCCUGGCACGUGGCACUCUACCUGAUCGAAGGCAUAAACUUGAGCUACCAUUGCGGUGGUUCGCUUGUCUCAAAAAACAAAGUCAUCACGGCCGCUCAUUGUGUGACACAAAAACUUAACGACGCGGUCUUCAACUCAACAAAAUUAGUCGUCUACCUCGGCAAAUACCAUCAGCUCCAGUACAGCGACGAGCUGGGCGUCCAGAUCAAACAGGUCAUUCGGAUAAAGGUGUACCCAACUUACAACAGUAGCUCGUACUUCGGAGAUAUAGCUAUGUUGACGUUGUCAUCGGACGCCGAAUUUACAAACUAUGUAACGCCGGUGUGUCUUUGGGAAGAGAGGUCCGACGAUUUGGACGACAUCGUUGAAAAAGAAGGAACAGUCGUCGGUUGGGGCUUCGACGAAAACAACACGCCGACCGAAGAACUGAAAAUGGCCAAGAUGCCAGUCGUAUCACAACAAACAUGCCUCUGGAGCUAUCCACAAUUUUAUUCGGAAUUCACGUCUGAUAAAACGUUUUGCGCUGGAUUCAGAAAUGGCACAAGCGUAUGCAACGGAGAUAGUGGUGGCGGCAUGGUGUUCGCCAGGAACCAUAGGUGGUACCUGAGAGGUAUCGUGUCCCUGACGGUGGCCAAAGACGGAUUGCGGGUAUGUGACACCAGACAUUACGUAGUGUUCACAGACGUGGCCAAGUACACAGAUUUCAUCACGAAGAACUUACAAUGAUGGCAGUCAUCGUCAGAUCAAUGAUACAAUAUAAUAAUAUAUUAUACAGUAAUUGAAUGUAUAAAACGAUCUGCACAUUAUAUAUAGUGUACCUAUAUACUAA